GAAGGCUACCAGCCGAGGAGGAGGAGGAGGAGGAGGUGGAGGAGGAGAGGAGGAGGAGGAGGGUAGCCGAUCCUCUGGAGGCUAGUCCGUGCUCGUCGCCAACACCAUAAAACAUAACGGAGGCGGAUGAAAACACAGAUCUGGAUGCAUCAUAAAACAUGGUGCUCAAACACACAGAAGAGCUUCCGACUGGCCUGUGAGUGCCGGCAGGUUUCACAACCAAGCGCCUCUUCUGCGGGGAGGGGAGGAGGGGAGAGAGAGAGAGAGAGAGAGCUGACUGAGUCCGUCCGUCCUGACUGACCCGUGACACCGCCAGGCGAUGACAGCGGCUACAGCCACUCCGCAGGUGAUGAGGGACCGGCUGCUAAAGGCCAUCGACGGCCAGAGCAAUCAGAUAUGCAACAUGGUGGUAGUUAUGGAGGUUAUCUCCUAUCUGGAGAAAUAUCCCAUCACCAAAGAAGCACUGGAGGAAACUCGACUCGGCAAACUCAUCAACGAUGUCCGCAAGAAAACCAAGAAUGAAGACCUUGCAAAAAGAGCCAAGAAGCUCUUGCGAAACUGGCAGAAGCUUAUUGAACCAGGGAAGGGUGAGGUGUUGUCCAAGGGUCACAGUGUUGCAUCAUGGUCUUCAAAUGGUUGCAUCGCCACUCCAGCCAUUACCACGCCAUCAGGUAAAACCGGGGCAGAGUUGAAGAACAGAAACGACUUCAACAACUGUUCCCCCCUUAGGAUGGAAAAGUUGAGCAACAAAAAACGCAAGGGAAACCAUAAGGAAGGAGAGCUUUUGCCAGCCAAGAUAUCCAAAAAGACACUUGAUGAUAAAAUGCGAAGCUCCAAACAGCUGCCGACCAAUGGACUUAGCAGUAGCUCUGAAAUUUCUACAGAAAUGUAUGCACAUCAGCCUUUAGAUAGGGAUAUUCCUGAGCCUUUGGACAACAACAGGUUAAGUAAAAUCCCAGUCAAUGCUGUAAAACCUCAUCCAAGUGCCCCAGGAUACAGCAAGCCUCCUAGCACUUCUUCUUUGCUGAAGGCAUCAGUCCUGCAGCAGCAUGCCAGACAGGAGCAAGCUGCUUCUGGGGGGCAGCAUAAACCCAGAAGCCCACGUGGUUUCUUGCACAGUCCUCAAACUUUAAAGCAGGAAGCUGGCUUUACUCAAACUGCACCACAAGCACAGAGGCCUGUGUCAGAUGACACCUCUGUGUCAGGGUCUUCCCUUCAGCCUUUAAAUAUUUGUGUUCCAGGUUCGUGGUCUGCCGAUUCAGACUCUAAAAGCAGGGCUCCCCAUAAAUCUCUUCUUAACUCACCCUUUAGUGAUGGUGUCAGUUUGGAGGACAAUAGUACUGUUAGCAAUACAGGGAGAAGGAAAGGACACAAUUACAAGCCUAAGGACUGUGUUGUUGUGAAGUCAGAUGGACAUACUGUAGAAGAUAGCUCUAAACCAGUCAGGUUAAAAGACAGGAGGCUGACUUUUGACCCUGUGACAGGACAGAUCAAACCCUCCUUUCUUAAAGAGCCUUGCCAAGAGGAGGAGGUUAGACUGAGCCACAGACCUGAAUCCCAGUGGUCGGAAAUGCCAAAACCCAAUCAGCCCAUUCCUCCCAGUUCCUUCCAACAGACGGACUGGAAAGAACUUUCUAGGAGCGAAAUCAUCCAGUCAUACCUUAGCCAGCAAAGCAACAUGCUCACGUCAUCGGGCACACACACACCUGGUGCACACUUUUUCAUGACAGAGUUCAUAAAAAAAGAGGAACACCAAAGUAAAGACGCCAAGAAGACACACACGCUUGCACCAGAACUCCCAGCCAAGGAUUUACCGGGGGUCAGCAGAGAGGUCAUCUAUGAAGACCUGAGCAGAUUACACACCCAACACUGGUCUGGUGUUAAUGGUUGCUUUGACACAAAGGGUCAUUGGUAUGACUGGACAGAGUGCAUAUCUUUAGACCCACAUGGAGAUGAGAGCAGGUUGAACAUACUGCCGUACGUCUGUCUGGAUUGAAACCAAGAUCUGGUUGGAAGUUCUAUGCUUUGUAUGACUCUGCAUAUGAAGGCACUUACAUAUGAGGUGUUUUGCACCUUGGGAUAAAAGAUGAGACAAUGUGCUGACUGCUUCAUAGUGUGUGGAGCAGAGGGUGUGUAAUCAGU